UUGGAUUCUGGGGGCACAAACACACAUAUCAGCCAUUUUCAGUUUGCUGUGGUCAUCCUCUCUCACUCCAGCACAAAGAUCCGCCAACUGUCGAGCUGAAAGGGACGAGAAGGAUGGACGAAGCGAAAGCGGGUCAUCGCGCGCACGGGCGUUUGUAUUGCUGAGCGCGUCAAAGACAAAAGCGCAUCGGACGGACGCGCAUCCUUACGGCCGACGCGUCGCCGGGGAUUCAUCUGAUAUAGUUUUUUUGGAGCGAGUCUGGGAUUUCGGACGCGUCUGAAUCCAUAACAAUCCAUUGUUUUCACGCUUGAGUUCAACAAGAGCCCGAAACAACCCCCCAAAAAAGCGGAUUAUUAAAGCGUUCUCAGUCCGGCGGGUGAUGUCCGCCAUGGUUUACCCACGAGAAGAGACACUGGAGCGGCUGACGCAGGACGAGAUCGUGCUGAACACUAAAGCGGUGAUGCAGGGUUUGGAGACGCUGCGAGGGGAACACGCUCAGCUCCUCAACUCCAUCCUGGACUGCACUCAGCCGCCCGUCGUGCAGGAGAAAUCCAGCCUGCUCCGCAAGAGCCUGGAGGACAUCGAGCUGGGACUGGGAGAGGCGCAGGUGAUCAUCGCUCUGUCGGGUCACCUGAGCGCGGUGGAGUCUGAGAAGCAGAAGCUGCGAGCUCAGGUGCGUCGGCUCUGUCAGGAGAACCAGUGGCUGCGGGACGAGCUGGCUAGCACUCAACACAAGCUGCAGAAGAGCGAGCAGAGCGUGGCCCAGCUGGAGGAGGAGAAGAAACACCUGGAGUUCAUGAACCAGAUCCGGAAGCUGGACGAGGACGCCUCGCCCUCCGAGGAGAAGGCCGGAGAGAAGGAGAAGGACAAUCUGGACGAUCUGUUUCCAAACGACGACGACCAGGGACCAGCUCAGCCCAGCGGUGAAGCGGCGGCGCAGCAGGGGGGCUACGAGAUCCCGGCCCGUCUGCGAACGCUUCAUAACCUUGUGAUCCAGUACGCGUCUCAGGGCCGCUACGAGGUGGCCGUGCCGCUCUGCAAACAGGCUCUGGAGGACCUGGAGAAAACCUCCGGACACGACCACCCAGACGUGGCCACCAUGCUCAACAUCCUCGCCCUGGUCUACAGGGAUCAGAAUAAGUAUAAAGAGGCGGCUCACCUGCUGAAUGACGCUCUGGCCAUCAGAGAGAAGACUCUGGGGAAAGAUCACCCCGCCGUGGCCGCGACCCUCAACAACCUGGCCGUGCUGUACGGCAAACGCGGGAAACACAAGGAGGCCGAGCCGCUCUGCAAGAGAGCGCUGGAGAUCCGGGAGAAGGUUCUGGGUAAGUUCCACCCUGACGUGGCGAAGCAGCUCAAUAAUCUGGCCCUGCUGUGUCAGAAUCAGGGCAAGUAUGAGGAAGUGGAGUAUUAUUACCGCAGGGCGCUGGAGAUCUACGAGAACAAACUGGGCGCCGAUGACCCCAACGUGGCCAAGACCAAAAACAACCUGGCGACGUGUUACCUGAAACAGGGCAAAUUCAAAGACGCAGAGACGCUUUACAAGGAGAUCCUGACCCGCGCGCAUGAGAAAGAGUUCGGAUCUGUCAACAAUGAUAAUAAACCAAUCUGGAUGCAUGCAGAGGAAAGAGAAGAGAGCAAGGGUAAGAGGAAGGACUCGGGUCUGUACGGCAGCUGGUAUAAAGCCUGCAAAGUGGACAGCCCCACUGUUAACACCACGCUGAAGAGUCUGGGCACGCUGUACCGCCGGCAGGGCAAACUGGAGGCCGCCGAGACGCUGGAGGAGUGUGCAACCAAAAACCGCAAACAGGGCAUCGAUGCGAUAAAUCAGAGUAAGGUGGUGGAGCUGCUGAAGGACGGAGGUUGUGCCGGAGGAGACAGACGUCAGAGUCGGGACGGAGUAAACGGCCCCGGAGGCCCCCGAGGAGACUGUGAAGGAGACGAAGCCGAGUGGAGCGGGGAUGGUAACGGCGCCCUGCGCAGGAGCGGCUCGUUCGGGAAGAUUCGUGAAGCGCUGCGCCGCAGCAGUGAGAUGCUGGUGAAGAAGCUGCAGGGCAGCGGCCCUCAGGAGCCACGCAACCCCGGGAUGAAGAGGGCGAGCUCCUUAAAUUUCCUCAACAAGAGCGCAGAAGAAACCUCACAGGAGUCUAACAGCGGCCUGUCAGAAUCCAGAGGACUGAGCGCUAGUAAUGUGGACCUGACCAGACGCAGCUCUCUGAUCAGCUAAAAAAAAGACGUCUGGACGUGGAAAAGGAGCCAAACGAAGAGGCUGUUUGCUACCUACUUGAAUUGAAAAUCUCAUCAAACGAUCCUUAUUCAAAACGUUUUCCUAAGAAAAAAAUCUUAACAGCAAAAACAUGUCUUUUAGUUUCACAUCGCUUGCAAAAAUCUGGGCUUUGCCUCUCUGCUUCACCAUUAGCGAGAUCAAACGCUAUGUAGCACGCUAUCACCUCCUAGACUACAGACUCAGUGCUGAAAUCACAUCAUAGCAUGGCGACAAAGUCGCGUAGUUUAGCACACAACGAUCAAGUUAUCAAAGCAUACGUUUGCCAUUUAGAAAACCGAACGUUCAUAUAUGGUAGAUGCACAGAUGCUGUGAAUGCUAACAACGAACUCACCAAGUUGAAAUGGUGCGAAAAACUCCUGCGAAUGCACUUAAGAAAAAUACGAGUGUAGAAGAUGAGUUGAAAUUCGAGAGCACCGACUGGUACGACCUCACCUUUGCCUUCUGAGUUUGAUGUAUAUAGUGAUUUAAAUUAUUUAAGGUCUUUUUGUUUCGCAAAAUUAGCGCACAAGGAUUUCGUUUACACUGUAGCUGGACGUCUGUCCUGGAGCGGCUGGAAAUCGCGUUGAACGCUACAACGAAGGAUUCUGCUUUACGAUUUAAAGCUGAUUUGAGCUAGAGCUCUUAUUUAUUAGUGAAUCUAGAUUCAUAAUUCGAACGUUUAGUCAUUUUAUCUGAUUGCAAGUCAAACUCCAGCUCUGUCUGUCAAAAAUCGGACGAGUUGCUGGAAAAGGCCAAACGUACGUAACUGGAAAUUUCCAUCAGUUUAAAAUGUGACGUGUUUUUAAUUUUAUAUGAUUUUCUAGCCACUAGAAUACCAAGAUGUGGCUAAAACAGACAAAUCGUCUUUUUUUCGUUUUAUCUUUUCAUGUUGAUGAAUUGCAUAUCCUAACGGACAGCACAUGUCUUCAGUGUACUUGUAUGUAAAUGUUUGCGACUUUCUGUGACUCUGUUACCCUUUUUCACUGAUUAAGGAUGUGUGUGUUUGAUUUUGGGUUUAUUUGAAUGAUUUUGCUUGUGUUCAUCAGAGGCGAGUGAUCGCACAGUCGACACUAGCUUUGGGAACCAGCCAUACAAAUGGGCGAAUCUCAUAAAUGAGUCAUAUUUCACCUCAAAUCAUAUGCAAUUAUGCAUUUUCCAUAAAGAAAAUAGGACCAUUCAUUUUUUUCUUUGCAUUGCCACAUUAAAGCACAUUUGUUCUCCAAUUUCAAAUUACAUAUAUAUAUAUAGCUAUGGAGA